AUGUCGCUCACUAUGGCGACACUCGAUUCUGUCCAACUGCUUUCUGAGGCCGCAUUUGGCUGCGAACAUCUUGCGGUCAUCCUAUCCAAGGACCAGAAGACUGCUGGCCAGUUCAAGGAACAAUUCCGCAAACUAUAUCAAUCACUAGCUCCGUACUCAAAACCAGAUACGGUUGCUGUUCCAACUACGGGACUGCGAACCGUAGAGUCCCUGAAGCCAAAGUACCAUUGCCUGAGUUGUCCUGAGGUAUGCCUGGGCACCACGCGAGCGGAACAUACUGCGGACAGUGGGCAUGCAUUUUACAUGGACUCUCGCAGCCGCUAUCUUUUCUGCCAGAAAUGUGUUGAUUUUGUUUAUGACCAUGGCCUGGAUAGGCUCCGCGGUCCUACUGGCAAGUAUGAAGUUCUCGGUGAGUUCCAGAAAUCCACAAUACUGCGUGCCCUCAUGAACAUUCGCUCACGUCUCACAGAUGGCCGAUCUAUCUGGGCCGAGGACUCUGCUACCGAGGCCUAUGUCAAAAUCAACGCUUACAAGAACCCAUGUAUCAACCGUGGUGCUCGCGGUGUAUGGAACAUGGGUCAAACAUGUUAUCAAGCUGCUAUCUUACAAGCCAUGCUGCAUGACCCCACUUUGACCGCUUAUUUCCUGGGAGGUGGCCAUGAUGUUCAUGUCUGUCGAGUCAAGGAAUGUCUCGCCUGUGCAACUGCCGAAGUCUUCAUGGAGUUCAACAGCGCCGAGAGGAACGACGCAGUCUCUGCAGCCACCCUGCUCCACCACGGUUGGCAGAAAUCAAAGGACAUGGCUGGAUACCGCCAGCAAGAUGCCCAUGAAUACUUCCAAUUCCUCGUCAACGAAUUACAUUCAUCCACCCCUGGACACGUGGAAAGCUACGACAAGCCAUGUCAGUGCUUCUUCCAUCAAAUGUUCUACGGCGAGCUGCGCAGCAGCGUCAUGUGCCACAAAUGUGGCCAGACCACCAACACCCACGACCCAAUGGCCGACCUCAGUCUCGACGUCCAGCUGCAGCACAAAAAGCGCAAACUCGGUCGCUCUACUGCAUCUACCACCGGAACCCUCAUCGGCUGCUUAGACAGCUUCACUGCUGCCGAGGACCUACAUGCCGAUGCUGCUUAUCACUGCGAAAAGUGCGGCAAUACUCCACAGCGAGCCUCGAAACGCCUGCAGAUCCGUAAACUCCCUGUUAUGCUCUGCAUGCAGUUGAAGCGCUACGAACACACCUCCAACACCUCCGAAAAGAUGAACGGCCACAUCGACUUUCCUCUGACCCUGAACAUGUUGCCAUACACCGUCAAGAAGGACCAUCUCCCCGUCGACAUGUCCCAGUACAUGUACGAUCUGUCCACUGUCAUUGUGCAUGAAGGCACAAUGGACUCGGGUCACUACUAUGCCUACACCCGUCUCGAGAACGACAAGUGGGUCCUGAUGGACGACAACAAGGUAACCGUCGUCGGCGUCUCUGAGGUCUUGCGCCAGGACGCGUACUUGCUGUUCUACAGCGCCAGCUGUCUUCGCACUGCGAAGACAUAG